GGAAGCGGAAGUAGCUGCUGUGAUCCCGGCUGAUCCGGACCUGGAGGAAGAGGGCGGUGGGCUCUCUGUUUUCACUCAGGAAGAGGGUCGUGCUCCGGGGUGGGGGGAAGGCAGCACCAUGGACCCGAGCGCCUUGGAGCAGGACGCCGUCAAAUUCGCCCAGGUGGCGGUGAGAAGCGACCAGGGCGGCCGCUUCACUGAGGCCGUGUUUUAUUACAAGGAAGCUGCCCAAGCAUUAAUAUGCGCUAAUAUGGCUGGAUCGAAGUUGGAUGGUAUUCAGGAGAAAAUAAACGAGUACCUGGACCGAGUACAGGCUCUUUACUCUGCAGUUCAAGCACAGAGCAACACAGGAGCCCCUCUGAAGACAAAGCAGCAGAUGGAUCUGGAGCGUGCUCAUUUCCUGGUCACACAAGCAUUUGAUGAAGAUGAGAAGGGCAAUGCAGAUGAGGCUGUAGAAUUGUACACUGAAGGUGUUGAAUUGUGCUUGAAAACAGCUAAUGAAACCUCUGAUCAAACACUGCAGGGUAAAUUGAAACAGUUAGCUCGACAAGCACUGGACAGAGCUGAAGCAUUAAAAGACUCUGUGUCCAGAAUGCCUGCUGAAAGGAAACACAGUACAGGGAAACAGAGUCAGCCGGUUCGAGCCUUCCAGCCCCUGGGACCGGACUUUUCGCUGAACGAUAAACCACAGUUAUCUAGAGUUCAGGGUAGUGAACAUUCGACUCAUGGCCAGCUUUACUCCACAGAGGAAAUUGAGGUUCUACGGAAAACGUCUAAGAUCAAUAGAAUUGAAUAUGUGCCUUUCAUGAGUGUGGAUCUCAAAGAGCGAUUUGCAUUUCCAAUGCCAUUCUCGGACAGAGCUGGCAAACUGGUAUUGUCACCAAAGCAGAAAGCAUUAUUUUCCCGAUGGGUCCGACCAGAUGACCUCUGCAACAACCCUACAAUGAUCUAUACUGUAUCUAGUUUUAGUAUAAAGCAGACAGUGGUAUCAGACUGUUCUUUUGUGGCCUCUCUAGCCAUCGGUGCCGCAUAUGAAAGGCGUUACAAUAAAAAGUUAAUCACAAGUAUUAUUUAUCCUCAGAAUAGGAAAGGUGAGCCGGAGUAUAAUCCUUGUGGGAAAUACAUGGUAAAGCUCCAUAUCAAUGGUGUUCCCAGAAAGGUGGUCAUUGAUGACUACUUGCCUGUGGAUCACAAUGGUGAGCUACUGUGUUCAUACUCCAAUAACAAGAAUGAACUUUGGGUCUCUUUGAUCGAAAAGGCCUACAUGAAGGUUAUGGGAGGAUAUGAUUUUCCAGGCUCCAACUCUAACAUUGAUCUUCAUGCUUUGACUGGCUGGAUACCAGAGCGAAUUGCGAUGCAUUCGGACAAUCAGAAGUUUGAUUACGAGGGCACUUUCAGAAUGCUAUAUCAAAGGUUUCAUAAAGGAGAUGUUCUAAUUACCACAGCGACUGGCAUUAUGAGUGAGGAAGAGGGAGAGCGAUGGGGGCUCGUACCAACACACGCAUAUGCUGUUCUCGACAUCCGGGAAUACAAGGGUCUUAAAUUUCUUCAACUUAAAAAUCCAUGGAGCCAUUUGAGAUGGAAAGGGCGUUACAGUGACAAGGAUGAGAAAAGCUGGACCUUAGCUCUGCAGAAAUAUUUGAACUUUGAUCCCAAAACGGCACAGAAAAUAGACAAUGGAAUUUUCUGGAUUAACUGGGAGGAUCUUUGCCGGCACUAUGAUGUAAUUUAUUUGAGUUGGAAUCCUGCACUGUUCAAAGAGUCAACCUAUAUUCACAGUACUUGGGAUGCAAAGCAAGGGCCUGUGAAAGAUGUGUACAGCCUGGCUAACAACCCGCAGUACAAACUGGAGGUGCAAUGUCCACAAGGUGGUGCUGUAGUUUGGGUUCUACUGACGAGACACAUCAUUGACAAGGAUGAUUUUGCCCACAAUCGAGAAUUUAUAACAUUGGUAGUUUACCAGACUGGAGGAAAGAAGGUUUACUAUCCAAGCGAUCCUGCACCAUACAUUGAUGGAAUUCGAAUAAACAGCCCACAUUACCUGACAAAGAUCAAGUUGACCACGCCAGGCACAAAUACGUUUACCUUAGUGGUGUCUCAAUAUGAGAAGCAGAACACCAUCCAUUACACGCUCAGGGUAUACGCUAUGUGCAAAUACACAUUUUCAAAGAUCCCAUUUCCAUACACGCACUAUAAGAGGGUAAAUGGUCAGUGGAAAGGUCAGAGUGCAGGAGGAUGUGGGAAUUACAGAGACAGCUACAAGAAGAAUCCAGUGUAUCAAAUCACUGUCGAGAAAAUUGGGCCAUUGCUGAUCGAACUGCGUGGGCCCAGGCAAUACAGUGUUGGAUUUGAAAUGGUAACUGUCUCAACAGUGGGAGACACUGAAUUCCAUAAAAAGCCCAGUGGAGAUUACAGAUGUGGAUUCUGCUAUUUGGAAGUUGAGCGGGUCCCUGCAGGAGUUUACAAUAUCAUCCCCACAACCUUCCUCCCUGCUCAGGAAGGCCCGUUCUUCUUAGACUUGCACAGUGUCACAUCACUCAGGAUUACUCAGUUACAGUGACCCGAGGAACUAUAAUGACCGCCUUUAUCCUUGAAUCGUAUACAUUGCCUGUUAAGGGAUUUUUUUAGUUAAAAAGGGGACAUUUUCUCAGGCACCAGUUGGAAUUUACUCAUACAGAAUUUCUUUGAGACACUCCAAAGAAGGUGGUUACUGGUUCCACUGUAAUUCAUAUUAAGCAAAGUUAGUUCAAUAAGAAAGGAACUAAACUUGCUUGGUUCACAUUUUUAAAAAAUGAAGGAACUAUGUUAAUUUUUAUAUAAUCUUUACAGAAGUAAAUGUACAUAUUUCUAAUGUAGAAUAUAGCUGGGAAUCUUCUGCAAUUUAAUUUGUGGCUGUUCUCCUCCAGUAUUGCAAUCAAUUAACUAGGUUCAGGCUAGAACUAGAUUGGAUUACUUUCACGCGUGCUGAGUUGCAAACUGUGUUGCCGAACCUUUACAUGAUAAAGGAGUAGAAAUGUUUUUCAAGAACCUUCAAUCUACAUGAAAAGCAGCUGUUGAUGUUUACUGGAGUAACUCUGCAAUUUAGGGACAUGUGCAAUGUAUGUUGUAAAGACCAGUCAAUAUUUGUAAUCAUAAAUCAAUUUUUUAAAGGGUGGAUACUGGUCUGGUAAUUCUGAAUUUAGCUAUGUAUUUCUAUUACAGAUUAUAUAUUUUUAUCCAUUUUUUUGGUACCUAGCAUGCAUAAGAAUUAAAGUUAUGCAUCCACACAUUGGUUGUGGGAAAGCUGAAUUUACACUAUGGGAGAUACUAAAUCACUUAUUUCAAUACAGGAAACUUAUGCACAUACCUAAACAGUUGAGUUCCUAACAUCUUGGAAUAUGAAUUUUAAAAAUAAUGUGUGUAAAGUUUAUAGAGUUCAGGAUUUAAUUGGCCUUUUCAGUCCAUAUGUCUUAUGGUCUAGACAAUCUUUUUCACAGCUCAAUAAGACACUCACCCCCAGACAUCAGCUGACUCCAUAUAGUCAGAGCUUAUUUUUCUACCCCAUGUGGUCCAUACACAGCUUUAGGACAUGCCAAAGCACUUUAAGUGUAGUCACUGUUUUAAUAUAGGAAAUGCUACAACCAAUUUAUACACAAGAUCCCAAUCCAGCAAUGUGAUUAAAUACAGAUUAUCUGAUCAUGUGUGAUGUUGGUUGAGGGAAAACUAUUGGCUAGGAAGGUAGAACUCCUCCACUCUUCAGAAUUAUACCAUAAGGUUAGCAGGACCUUGGUUUAACAUCUUGUUCAGAUUAAUAGCACCUCAAACAGCAUUCUUCAAUACUGCACAGAUGUAUUAAACCUAGAUUAUGGAUUCAAAUCUACAAAAUGGAAGUUUAAAGCACAAUCUUCUGAGAAGUGAGUGCAACCUACUGAACUGCUGCUUAAAAUCAACUUAUUAAAUAGUUCUCCACACAUUAAA